AUGGUGACAACCAGAGCGAGUUAUGCGCGCAGAGGGACGUCGUCCAAGGUCCUGGUAGCAGCAGCCAGCGCCAAUGCAGCAGGCCCCAGCCCAGCAGAUCGCAACAGGCAGCUUGCGAGCCGCAUGCGUGAAGCCCUGGCGACCAACAAGGCUGCCUACAAACGGCUAAAGCACGAGACACUACUCUUCAGGCAGGGGGAGGUCUCAGCAGAGGCCCUGCAGCAGCAGUUCGCGCUGGCCUUCCAGUCACAGGCUUCCAGCCUCUUCCUGGAGCUGGCAGAGCUGCUGCCCUCCCCUCAGCAGAGGGCGCAGUUACUCAGCGCUGCCAGCAGAGCGGGGUGGAUUGCGCCUGAUGAGGCGCUCGGCAGCAGGGGCGAGCUCGGGGUAGAUUCAGGGCGUGGAGGGGCAGAUGAGGGCGUGUCAGAUGGGUGGCGGCCAUUGAACCUUUCAGUUUCAGCUGUGGCAGAUCAGCCGGCUGACAGUGUGCAACCCACAUCUGCCUCAGAACAGCGCCAAUCUGGAGUGCCCAGCACAAGCGGCGCAGAAGGGUUGGAGCUGCCUCCAGGCGUCACUGAUGGGGAGUCACGGCCCGCCAAGCGCUCCAGAAGGGAAAAGAAAGUUGAGGGGCGCGGCGGUGCAGCGGCAUCUGCCGGCACCGGCAUCCUGUAUUGGCUUCGGCAGGACUUCCGGUUACACGACAAUCCUGCACUCUGCGCUGCAGCGGCAGCCGCAAAAAGGGCCGGGGGCAAGUUGACUUUUGUGUAUGUCUGCUCUCUGGAAGAGGACGGGGAUGAUUUGGAGACAGGCACGUCAUGGCGGCCGGGCGGUGCAUGUCUGGUGUGGAUAGAGGCUGCGCUGAUGUCAUUGGAUGCUGACCUGGCGGCGCGCUACGGGCCGGGGGCCCGUAUAGUCUUCCGGCGGGGGGCGUACCUGCCGGAGCUCUCCGCUGUUGCAGCUUCCGUAGGUGCUGGGGCUGUGUAUUACAACCGCAGGUAUGAGCCGGCAAUGACAGCGACAGACAAGAGGGUGGCCGAGGGGCUGCAGCAGCAGGGGAUGGAGGUGAGGAGCUAUGCUGGGCUGCUCAUGCGCGAGCCGCAGGAGGUCAAGGUAGACAUGACCGGCCGCUGGGUGGGCCACUUUGGCACGCUGUCCCCCUUCAUGAGGGCAUGUGAUCGGCUGCCCGCGCUGCCCAAGCCGCUGCCCACUCCGGGCAGCCUGCCAGUCGCUGACCGCGCGCCAGCCGUGCCCGGCAGUUUACCAAGUGCAGCCGCCCUCGGCAUGGUGCGGCUGCCGGUGCGUGCGGAUGGCAGUCUCGUGGACUGGGGCCAGCAGUUGAGAGACGCGUGGGACAUCAGCGAAGGAGCAGCGCUCGCAUGCAUGGACAAGUUCAUGUCCGAAGGCCUGGCGACGUAUGAAGCAGCCAGGCAUUUUGCGGACGCGCGAGCGGUGUCUCUGUUGUCUGCGUACGUGCACCACGGACAGCUGUCAGCCCGGCUGCUCCUUCAUGAGACCGUUGCACGAGGCGGCAGGGAGCUUAGUAAGACGUUCAGCCGGCGCCUGAUCUGGCGCGACCUGGCGUACUGGCAACUGCACCACUGGCCGCAGAUGGCUGUGCGCCCCAUGCGCACCCACUACACCGGCCAGGAGUGGAACGAGAAUCCGGCGGCGUUACGGGCGUGGCAGAGGGGUAAAACAGGAUUUCCCCUGGUGGACGCAGGCAAGUUCUUUGAAAGCAUGCGGCAGCUGUGGCGUACGGGUUGGAUGCAGCAGAGUGUGCGCAUGGUCUGCGCAGCGUUCCUGACCGAGUACCUCAACAUCCACUGGCUGCACGGCUGCAGGUGGUUCCAUGACACGCUGGUGGACGGUGACCUGGCGAUAAACUCGAUGAUGUGGCAGAACGCUGGCAAGAGCGGACUGGACCAGUGGAACUUUACCCUGCUGCCCACCAGCUCAUCUCAGGAUCCGGACGGUGCGUACAUAGCAAGGUGGGUGCACGAAUUGGAGAGGCUGCCUCGCAAGUGGCUGCACCAGCCCUGGCUUGCGCCAUCAGGCGUCCUAGAGUCAGCCGGAGUUCAAUUCGGCACAGGGCCGGGGUGCUACCCGCAUCGCCUCACCACAGAAGUACUGCAGGAUCUGCGGAAGGAGAACGCCAGGAAGAUAGCAGAGGCGAGGGCGCAGGCGCCCGAGUGGAUUGACCCUGGCGGCUAUGACAUGGUGGUUCUGCCGGAAGGGGCGACAGUGAAACAGGGCGGCAGCAAGAUGAGAGUGUUCACCAAGAGUGACUAUCGAAAGCUUCUCAGCACCGCGCAGAGCACUUAG